UGAUUUAUUUUUGUGGACAGUUUGGGUAAGGUAAAAAAUCUCUCUUCUCCUCUUCUUUGGGUGUACUCAAUUUAACUCCUUGGUUGUAAAUUUACGUUUUCCACAAGAUGGUGCUAGAACAAAGAAACAAGAGUAGGCGAAAGCCUGAUAUCGCAAUCAUAUAGCAGCCCAUUUAGAGCAGUGUUUUGGAAGUUGAUAAAGUCAAGUGUAUGGUAAGAGACCAGGCACACAAAAAUGAGUAUAGCCUAUCAUUUGUAUUUUUAUUGAAUAGUCCUGCGCAUGAAGUCUUGCCAAAAUGCCACGAACUUGGAUGACCGCCUUGUUAAAGCUGCUGAGUAUAAAAAGAUUUUGACAAGGACAGGGGCAUAAGAUAGUGACCCUUCCCCUGCUCUGUGCCCAAGACUGCGGAACCUUUUAGAAGCCGGGAGUGGGAACUGCAGACAUGGUCAAGAUAGAGCUUGCACCGUUGAAUAUCCCAUUCAACCGACGUUUACAGACAGCUGCAGUUCUUCAAUGGGUCUUCUGCUUUCUCUUUGGAGCGCAGUUUUGUUUUUGUGUGUAUGUUGUGAUCGUGUUCAAUGGAUACUGGCACGUGGCUGCUCUGUAUGCCCUGUGGCUCUACCUGGACUGGGACACACCUCAGGCUGGGGGCCGCAGGUCUGACUGGGUACGCCACUGGACCGUGUGGAAACACUUUGGAGACUAUUUCCCCAUCCACCUGAUUAAGACAUGUGACCUAGACCCAGAAAGGAACUACCUGAUGGGGUUCCAUCCUCACGGAAUCCUGGUAGCCGGAGCGUUUGGCAAUUUCUGUACAGAAUACACAGGUUUCCAAGAGCUCUAUCCAGGAAUGACUCCUUAUCUGCAUACCCUCGGCAUCUGGUUCGGCUUCCCAUUCUUCCGGGAGUACCUUAUGUCCUCAGGGGUUGUUUCUUGUUCCAAGAAGAGUCUUACCCAUGUGUUGAGCCAGAAGGGAGGGGGCAACGUGUCAAUCAUAGUGAUUGGCGGGACGGCAGAGUCCCUGGAGGCCAGGCCUGGGAGCCUCAUCCUGGAGGCCCUCAACAGGAAGGGCUUUGUAAAGAUUGCUCUCAGGUGUGGGGCUCAUCUGGUGCCAGUGUUCUCCUUUGGGGAGAAUGAUCUGUUUAAUCAGCUGAAGAACCCGAAGGGCUCCCUGGUCCGUACCAUCCAGGAGGGCAUGAGGAAGACCCUGGGCUUCAGCCUGCCUCUGUUCCACGCUCGGGGGGUCUUCCAGUACAGCUUGGGCUUCAUGCCCUUCAGACAACCCAUCUACACCAUUGUGGGAGAGCCCAUAGUGGUGGAGAGGAACGUGAGCCCCUCAUCAGCUGAGGUAGACAGGCUGCAUGGCUGUUACCUGGAGGCGCUGGCUAAGCUGUUUGAGCAGCACAAGGCUGAGUACAGGAUCCUAGAGCACCAGCACCUCAUCUUCACCUGACCAGACCAAAUUAAGUCAGAUAGCACUACACUGUAGGAUUGGACCAUUCAACCAGCUCCUGACCAAUACACACUGAUACAGACUUUCAAACAAACAUAGUGCAAACAUACACAAAAGCACAUAUGGGAAAUGGACACGUGCAUGCUUGCACACAUGUACAGUGAACACCCAUAUA